GCUUGAAAAUCUACCAUCGACGCGCGAGAUAAACGAUCAAAAUGCCGCCCCCACCGCCGCCUCCGCCGCCUCCACCCCCAGGUAUGGGAAGGGGAGCUGGUAGAGGUAUGCCGCCGCCGCCUGGCAAGGCACCUGGGGCUAAAGCACCUGCUUCAGGUGCAGGACGAGGCGCACUCCUGGGCGACAUUACAAAGGGCGCACGAUUGAAGAAAGUCACAGUGGUCAACGAUCGAUCCGCGCCUAUCGUUGGCAAAGUGAGCGACGGGCCCGCUCCAGUCGCCAUGGGCGCACCUGCAAUUCCGACAAUGGGCAAGGCACCGGCAGUCCCAGGUCUUGCGCCGCCAGGGAACCGAGCAAGAAGCAACAGUGAUACUGGAGACGCGCCUGCUGCGCCCCCGCAGCUGGGGGGACUGUUCGCAGGAGGAAUGCCGAAGCUAAGAAAGUCAGGCGGUGUCAAGACCGGCGCAGAAGCUCCGUCCUAUGCUUCAGAUCCUGAGUCGAAUAGAGGCUCGGGAGCACCCAAACCACCUUCAUCAUUACCUCCCGCACCACCAGCUAUGAACACCAGACCGCAACUCAACGCUCUUCGGGGCCAAGACUCAAGACCCAACUCGGUAGCCUCAAGUAUAAGCGGCAAGCCCAAACCUCCGUUACCUUUAGGGAAAAAACCACCUAUUCCCCCUCCCUCAUCUCGCAAACCGUCCAAUCUUGCCGCUCGAGCAUCCCCAGCUCCCCCUUCGCUUCCUCCGGCACCACCACCAUUGCCACCAACUUCUACAUCCCCUAGACCAACUGCUGUUCCUCCACCACCGCCAUUACCGCCUUCGAGAUCCACCCCCCCUCCUCCUCCUCCUCCUCCGCCGUCCGUGCCUCCCCCAGCGAGCGCACAGGACGAUGACGACGAAUACGACCCGUACAAAUACGAUAGUCGCGCGCCAUCCGCCCCGCCCGCCCCGCCACCACCACCGCCUCCAUCGAACGGACACACGCCCUCUCUGGCUGAAACCGCCGCGCGCAAUGCUUACAGUCGCACAUCGCCUGCUGCGCCACCGCCUCCUCCACCUCAAGCAGCGCCGCCCAGUGCACCCGCGCCUUCUCCCCCACCCAGUGCCCCAAUCAGCCGGCCUGCGUCUCAGACACCCCUGCGAUCGAUGAUGGAUCCGAGCUCGUACACCUUGACAAACGGCGGAUCAAGCAUAAAGAGUCCGACGAGCUCUCAUUCCGGAGGUGGAAGGGAGAAGGGUAGGGUCAGGCCAAUUCACGAUUUGAGGUGGAGAUUCCAAGACGAAUCACAGUUUCCACGACCGAGAGAAUUCACUGGCGGACAAAAAAGAUACCGCGCUGGACGAGGCAGCAGUGUGCCAUUGGAUUUGAGCGCGUUCGAAUGAGCGAAUUCCGUAAAAAGGUUCUUCUGGGCGAUUUGUUGCAUUGCUGCUGGCCAGAGCGGUUUAGGAAUAGAUAUUGAAGUUUAGCCUUGGCGUUAAUGGGGUUUGGUGCCUUUAUGGUAUGUUGUAGAUGUUUAGGGAGGAUCGCUGAAAUCAAGGUGUAUGUGUAACUCGCAAAGAAACACCUUGAGGGUAUUUCGCAUGCGAUAGCAAGUACAUGAGUGCGUUGGACAAAUCAACAAUUUACUAUGAGGGUACAAUCUGUUGAGUUGCUGGAGUGAGUGUCAUAGUAGCUACGCAGUUUUGCGGUCUGAACAAUAUACUGUUCGAACGGUCAAACCUUGUCUGUAUGAACUACUAGAGUUACCAUUCUUCCAA